AUGUCAACAGCCUCAGCUUCUACAUCUACUGCAGACACCACGCUGGCCGAAACAUUGGAAGGAAUCUCAGUAAAAGAUCCAGACUAUUUCACAACUAAUCACGACUGGUCUUUGUUGGGAAUUCUCGCUACUGUUGAAAUUUUGGCAAAGACACAUUUAAAUGAGACACAACGUGCUCUGUUAGGUUCGAUAGAAAGAUUAUUGGAUAUGAUGAAUAGUAAGUUAGAUGUUGAAUCGAUUUUAGGAAAAGGUAGUAGAUUUUCAUUCUUAUUGGAAAUGCCAGUUUCACAAAUUUAUAUAGACAAUAUAUCACCAACAACACUACCGUUUGACCUACAACAUUUGAGAAUGCAUGAAUUAGAACAACAAAGGCUUAUCAAAGAACUCAAAUCAAUUUCAUUAGUAAUAUUUGAUAAAAAUAAUUUUUUGCUCGCACAAAACGUCGAAGAGUCGUUGAUGCGAUGGGGAUUCGUGUAUAACAUUUGUGAUGAUAGAGAACAUUUAAAAAAUUAUUGUCGCCGCAACAACGAUAAUGACAAUAGGGAGAAUGGUGAUGUUAUAAUAUUUAAUGAUAAUCUUGAAGAUUUGAAAUGUUCUUAUCAAUCAGUUGAAAAUGUUUUAAAUGAUUAUGAAUCACAAUCGGUGGUACUUGUUGUAACUAAACCGGUUGGUCGUAUGAAAUUCUUUACGGCAAUAUUAAAAGCUUCCGAGUCGCUGAAAUCACCACUAGAAAGGAUGUUUACAACGAGUUCUCUAAGAAGUCAUGAUAAGAGAUACUCGACAUUUGAAGUAGGACCAGGUGGUGAAAUAUUAUUCAUACCAAAUACUAUGGAACUUGCAAGAAUCGCAUCUCAAACUGAUGAAGGUACACCAAGUUCUGAAAUAUCAGAGCCAGAUAUUUAUAUACCAUCACCGAUAACUACUACUACUGAAGCUACUGAUAGGAAUAAUAAUAUACUGUGGCAAAAACAAAAAACAACUGCAGGUGAUUCCACUACUACUAUUACUGGUAAUGAUGAUAAUAAUGUCAAUGCAAUGCUAUCGAGUAUGAUGCUAAAACAACAUGGCUAUCGAAAAUAUGAAACAGCUAACAAUGGGCUUGAAGCUGUUAAAAAAUUUUAUAAUAAACAUUAUGACAUAAUAUUUAUGGAUAUUCAAAUGCCAAUAUGUGACGGAAUUGAGGCUACAAAAGAAGUAAGCUUGUUUUUUAAUUUAUUUUUUGAUUUUUUAUACGCGGGAGAUGGAAAUAGUGAGGUGAAAAGAGCAGCACCAAAACGAAAAAGGAAAGCAAUUAUUGUUGCAAUGACGGGACUUGCUUCAGAU